GGUGUUGGGGUGGUGUCUGCCCCCCUGCGUGUGUGCAGGCUCCUCGAAGGUUUACGUGCUGUGGUCUGUGCUGCUUUUUUGCCUCCUUAUCACCCAUCAGGCUUGCAUAACCAGGCUGGCCCUGCUUCCUGCUUAGGAACUAUCAGCGCACCAUCUGGAGCUACAAAUAGGGUGAUAGGAAGUCAACAGCCUCCCGGCACCCAGGCACUUGUGAACACCCAGUCCCUCCGCCUCCAGCUUACCCCUGGUCCCCCCAGGGAUCCUGUUGCUCAGGCUGGCAUUCCUCUCUUGGGGUGCUCUCCUUCGCAGGACCGGCACCUUCUAAACAGGGAUGCGAUCGACAGAGCUUGGGGAGUGCAGUUUUGCUGCAAGGACACGCCACUGCGAUCCUCCUACCUGAUCCCGGGCCAGAACAUUGGGAUGGGUCUUUGUUUAAGGAGACAGGAUGUGUAGACGUUGGCUGUGUGACCCUGGGCAAGGCAUUUCCCCUCCUUGGGACUCAGCUUGCUUGUCUGUGUGUAGGGACGGUCUUUCUACCUCACAGGGCUGCUGUGGGAACUCAAGUGUAUGAGGCAAGCUACGCAGUCGGCGCAAAGUUACCCUUACCCUGCCUUCCUUGCACGACAGGACCUGGGCCCAGCAACAGGGGGCUGUAUUGGCAGAGGAUGCCUGUCCCAGAGAAGAAACGUGUAGGCAGACUCAGACACAUAGCUGGUUCAGAGUCCAGAACCCACCAGAAGAUCUGGGUUGGAGGGCACCAUGCUAUAUGCUGUAGCCACGAAUCUUUGGUCUGGCCAAUGUAUCUUUCUGAGCUUCAGUUUCUUAUGGGAGCAGCUCAGGCAGUGGUGUCCAAUCCCUGUCAUGGGACAUGGUGAGGGUAUUGGUGGUGACCCACUCAGAGCUGUCAGUGAGGAGCACACUCCAUAGGGAGUGGACCUCAUGGGGAGCAUGCCUCACAGGGGGAGCCCUCACGGUGAGCACCUAUCAGGGGGGUUCUCUCCACAGAGAGCAGCCCUCAUGGUGACUGUCCCCAGGGGGGUGCUCUCAGCCCAGUUCCUUGCAGGAUGGACCUUGGAGACUGAGGCCCUGAUGCGGGAGUUGAGUACCUGGCUCCUGAUCUGCACGUGCAUCAGCCCUUGGGUUGGCUUGGGAGUCUCCAUCCACGGGGAAGGAGGAGGGCUCGGGGCUGGAUCUUUCAUCUGCCUCAACAACAACAUCCUAAGGAUCGACUGCCACUGGUCUGCUGUAGAGCUGGGUCAGGGCCCCAGUCCCUGGCUCCUCUUUACCAGCAACCACGCCGUGGGCAGCAGUCACAGAUGUGUCUUCCGGGCCAGCGAGUGCACUCUGGUGCUGCCACCUGAGGAGGUGCUUGUGCCUUCUGACAACUUCACCAUCACUUUCCACCGUUACGUCUCUGGGAAGGAGCAGGUCAGCCUGGUGGACCCACAGUACCUGCCCCGGAGACAUGUGAAGCUGGACCCUCCCUCUGAUUUGCAGAGCAAUGUCAGCUCUGACUACUGUGUCCUGACCUGGAGCGUCAGUCCUGCUUUGGAGCCUCUGAUCUCCAUGCUCAGCUAUGAGCUGGCCUUCAAGAGGCAGGGGGAGACCUGGGAGCAGGCCCAGCACAGGGAUCACAUUUUUGGGGUGACCUGGCUCAGGCUUGAAGCCAUCGAGUUGGACCCUGGUUCCAGCUACGAGGCCAGGCUGCGCGUCCAGAUGGCCUCACCGGAGGAUGACCUGGCGGAGGAACAGCACUAUGCGGGCCAGUGGAGUGACUGGAGCCAGCCCGUGUGCUUUCCCUCUCCCCAGACCUCUGCCCGAGGCCCCCUGUUAUCACCUCGGGGGCAGCCUGACGGCACCCUUGUCGCUGUACCUGUCUUUCUGCUACUGACCAGCCUGACCUGCCUCCUGUUCAAGCUUUCACCCAGGGUGAAGAGAAGCUUCUACCAGAACGUGCCGUCUCCAGUGGCCUUCUUCCAGUCCCUGUACAGUGUGCACAAUGGGGACUUCCAGACCUGGAUAGGGGCCCACAGAACCGGUCUGCUGCCGAGCCAGGACUGUGUCAGUUCCCCGAGAAGAGCCUCGGAGUCUAGUGUCCAGGAGGCCAUUGCGUGGCUGACCUAUGGCCCGGUGGAUCCCUGGCAGUCAGUGGUCCUGGAGGAAGAGGAGAAAGGCCCACGUCCUGGCCUCCCAGAGGCUGUGUUGUUAGCAGGUCGUGUGGCACAGGGAGAGCAGCCACCUGCCUACCUGCCACAGGAGGACUGGGUCCCUGGGAGCCCCACCAGGCCAGCUCUCCCACAGGCAGAGGGCAGCAGUGGUGACUACUGUGCCUUGGGCUGUCCCGGGGCGUGCCACCCCUCGACCUUCCCAGGAAACACGCAGAGCUCUGGGCCCAGCCUGGCUUUGGCCUGUGGCCUUUCCUGUGACCAGCAGAGCCUGGAUGCCACGCAAGGAGGGACCUAUGUGGGAGCUGGUCACAGAGAGGAGCAAGACCCCGGUGAAUGUGUCGCAUGAGGCCCUCAGGGCACUUUCUUUGCUCCUACCCUUUGCAGACGCUGGCUUUGAUUUAGAACCCUGAUGAGGCCAGCUGCAUAAUGUGCAUCAUGUGGAAAAUGGACUAAAGUCUCUGAGAAUGAAGCCCCUGCACAGAUAUCCUGUCCAGAUGGAGGCCGAAAACCCCUCCUCUCUCCCCUCCCCGCAGCAUCCUACCACGCAGCUCCCACUCCCU